GCCCCUCUCCUCUCACCUCUACGACGCGGAAUCCCAUUUUUACCCUUCUCACCUCCUCCGCUCCCUCCCAUGGCUUCCACCUCCGCCUCCUCGGCCCCCGUCUCCCCCUCCCACCCAAACCCUAACCCUACCCCCGACGCAGAUCUCCCAUCUGAUCGCCCCAUGCCCGACGCCGACGGCGGAAGUGGAGGCGCCUCGCCCGCUUCCCCGGAGAAGCGGGAGGAGGAGGAGGAGGUGCCGGGGGAGGUGGCGGCGGCGGCGGCGGCCGUGGAGCAGCCGACCCCGCGGAAGACGCGCCUUCCGCGUGCUUGCAACAACAAGCCCAAACCUCCUCCUCCGCCGCCGCCGCCCGAGCGUCCGCGCCGCCGUGCCGCGGCGGCGGGCGGCGCGGACGAGACGCCGCAAUGCCGCGUGGUCACGCCGCUCGUGUCGGAGCCCGAGGCGCCCGCGGAGCUGCCCCGCUGGCGGCUCCGCUGCAUGUGGGAGCUCGGCUCCGUCCUCAACUUCCUCCACGUGUUCCGGCCUCUGCUGAACAUCACUGGUGAUUUCACGGCUGAGGAGCUCGAGGUGGCGCUUAUCACUCCCAACGAGAUUCUAGAUGAUGUGCAUAUGCCACUGCUAAAGUCAAUUCCUCCUGUAACUCGCAUGGCUAUGGGACGUGGAACCUGGGUGACUGUCCUGUGCAGAAAGCUGAAGGAUUGGUGGCAUUGGGUUGCAGAAGGUGAUCUGCCAAUUGUUGCAUCUCAUGGAACUGAAAUUGAGACGUACAAAACUAUAGAACCAGCUAUUCGUUUACUAAUCUUGAAAGCGAUAUGUGAUAUCCGUGUUGAGCAAGAGGAUAUUCGGAACUUCAUUGACAGUUCUCUUAAGCAUGGACAGAACUUUUCUACCUUUCGUAAAGAUCGGAUUGGAGGGGAUUCCCUUGGAAUCUCAUACUGGUAUGAAGAUGAUGAGAUUCUCGGGCAUAGAUUGUAUCGUGAAAUUAGACGAGUAGAGCAGGUCAAGAAGGAGCCAGGAAAGAGGUCUAGGGGAAAAGGAGGAUCUUCAGCUAUUUCAGUCGUGUCCUACCAGUGGGAAACUGUUGCGUCCACUUUCGACGAGUUUGAUGAUGUGGCAGAAAAACUCUUUUCAAGUCGGAACAGGACAGAGGUUUCACUUGGAAAGAAGCUGAAGAUUGAAUAUCUUCCAGAGAUAGAAAAGAUCCAUAAAAAGAAAGAGAGGUUGCUCAAAAAGCAACAGAGAGAAGCUCUCCUUCUUGAUAGCUACUUGACAUCAGAUGGACUUACCACCGGCCGUUCUCUCCGUGAUAGAAAGCCCGUGACUUAUACAUUUGAUGACUAUGAUCGCUCAAUAAAUGAAGCCAUCAAAAUUACGAAAAAAAGAGAGGAGAACUCAGCUGAGCCUGUUGCUACUACUGCCAAUAGAAGGGUGCUUCCUCCAAGAGCGGAGGCAGCAAGCAAUGGGAAGCUAAAUAAUGGUCCCUCACCAACAACCAACGACUCGGAUGAUGGAAAUUCUUCAAAAUCAGAUGACGACCGAGACAGCGACGGUGAACAAGAAAAUGAGGCACUUGAUCGCAGCAACCGGAGGAGGAAAAGAUCUCAGAGAUACACACAGGACUUUGUUGAGGCUGUCUCGGAUAUUGAUCCUAACUUUGACAGUGACGACGAUAUCAUGGGAGAAGCAGUGUAUGAUGAGGAAUAUCUGAGAAGUCGCAAACAGAAUAAGACAUCAAGCGCUUCUGAAGAGGAUGAGGAGUUCCGGUUGGAAGAAGAUGGUGAAGAUGAUGAUGAAGAAGAGGAAUAUUCAUUGAGUACCAGUGAAGAUCUAGAGGAGCCGCAACGGCAUAAAAAAUUGGAAACUCGUGGCCGGCGAGGUACCAAGCUGAGGUCAGUUGAUGAAAUCCAAACAGGUCUCAGACGCAGCAAGCGUUCUUCUCGUCCUCGUAUUAACUAUCACCAAUAUGAUUUUUCUGACUCGGAUACGGGGCCUGGAAAGGCAAAGAAAUCUGAUGCAUCAGAUUCUGAAGCUGGCUCUGAUGCCGAGAAUGAUAUGGAGCUCUCGACAUCGAGUCAAGAGGGAGAGGAAGAAGAGGAUGAUAGUCAUGAUGAAGAAAAUGGUAAUAAUGUGAAUGAUAAAAUGGAUGAGGACCACACCGUGGCAGAAAAUAAAGUAGAACCAGAGGAGGAGGAGCAGAAGGAGCAGCCGCCUAUAGAGAAGAUGGAUGCUCCCAGCACGGAAAGUAGACGUGUAGGAAGAACAUUCCUAGAUCUAAACGAGCUUGCACCUGGAGGUGGCUUUGAUGAGAGCCCAAGCUUGACAGUGAAAGAUGACAUAGACAACAUUUAGGGAAUAAAGUUUUUUUUGAUACAUUUGAGUGCUGUUGGUCAGUUUUCUGACUUCGAAGCAAGGGUGGCAGAUCGAUGGGUUUGAGCUUAUGGCUGUUUUCAUUGAUUUGCAGUAACAGGACAAGCGAGGUUCCACUUGAAGUGACUUUGAGCUUCUUCGGUGCUUAUGUCAUACUCGGAGGUGCUUAUGUUAUACUUGGAGGCCAUGAGGAGGGUAGUUUUGCUUUUGAUUAUGUAUACUACAUGACGGUCGCAAUCGAUCACAGCUGUAUUAUGGCCAGGCUGAUGCUGCGUUGAGGCCGGUCUGUAGGAUAUAAAUUUAUUGCCUCCACUUAUUUAGUCUUAGGCAUGGUGAUGUCAAUGAGAUCAUGGAGGGAAACCUGUACUCCGAGUGCAGUGCAGUUCGUCCGUCGGCAUUCGCGAGACCUUUUCCACUUGUAGAUUGUAGGUUUUGAGACCGAGCAGGAUUAGUUCUGUAUCUAAAUCUGACAGUCUGAUUUUUUCCCCCGUCACACCUGUGACCUGUGUAGCUGACACUGAGCUGUCCUUGAUGGAGAAGAUGCUGCAUGUAUUGAGCUGAUGUUGUAGCCUAUGGACAUGUCCAUUACACUGACUGAGAGUGGCUGGCCUGGACUGGAGAUUGCUAAUUUGCUGUAUGGUUCAUAAAAUCCGUAUCCUCUCUGCAUAUUUGGUUAGUCACAAAACUAUGCAAGAUAAAUGAUCUAGGUGCUCUGUUCCAUUAA